UGUUUCUUAUUUUGAUUUGUAUAUAUUAUAUCUUAUGAACUAGGAUAUUGUUACAGAUAUGAAUACAUAUAACUCAGGGCUUGUAUGAGUACUAACAUUUCUGACCUCGGCAACCUGUAGGACAGUGAAGACUACUUAGGUAGUAGGUAAUGGCUAUGGGCUGAUUGACACGACUACGCACCAGCAAGACACCAAUAGUUUUGUCAACUGUUCUCUGGGUGACAGGUCAGACAACAGGAAUGGAUGUAACAAAUGGGGAGAAAGGUACCUCCCUUCAGUCCUCUGGUAAAGCAUAAAGCGAGGAAUAGAUAUAUAAUAAACUCCAAGUGAAAUAAUCAAGAUCUAUCUAUUCUGCUACGUGUUCUUAUGACAACUAUUAACACCCAAUCCUAUCCAUACCUUACCAAAUCACCAUUGUUAUUAUAAAGCGUUGAUAAUAACAGAGUCAUUAACUUAGUAGCCCAUGUCUGAGGUGGUUCCACUGACCUGACCCCUCCACAACACCUAGUGACGACUACCUACCUUAAGGCAUGGAAUCUACCCCAGCCCAGCCCGGUCAGUCGAGCUCUGCAACUUCGACACCACUAACGAAUACCUAACACAACAUCACGAUACGCGAUUAGAAUAACCUAACCCGUCACCUACCUCCUCCAUUUCGCCGCUUCAUUUCCACCCGCUCUUCUCUUUCACAUCAAACCACCCCGCGCUCGCUUCGUCAAUACCACUAUCCCUGCAGUCGCACCCAGUUCCUGACAGCCGAACCAAAAGCUCUGCAGCUCCGAAAACCCCGCCGACCGAUCACUUUUCGACCUGGCCCGCCUUGACCUUGGGUCAGGGCAUCGCAUCGCCAUGGCUCCCCGAGGUUUCGAGGACGAGGAGCUUACCAUUUCCCUAUCCUCCUCCCACGUUCGUCGCCCUCAACAGCAGCAGCAGCAGCAACAGUCACAGCAGCAGCACGCUUCUAAUGAUGCCCCUGCACCCGGUUCCCGCCCCGCUGAUGCGCCGCUCAAGGAGAGGAUCAAGACAGAACAGCGCAUCGGCGCCUACAAGGUCCUGCGAACUCUAGGCGAAGGCUCCUUUGGAAAGGUCAAGCUCGCUAUUCACAAUGGAACCGGCCAGCAGGUUGCCCUCAAAAUCAUCGCCAGAAAGAAGCUUAUCAGCCGUGAUAUGGCUGGGCGUGUUGAGCGUGAGAUUGAAUACUUACAACUCCUACGCCAUCCUCAUAUCAUCAAACUAUUCACCGUUAUCAAGACACCCAAUGAAAUAAUCAUGGUCCUCGAAUAUGCUGGCGGCGAGCUCUUCGACUACAUUGUUCAGCAUGGCCGCAUGAAGGAACCUGAGGCUCGCCGUUUCUUUCAGCAGAUGCUUUGUGCCGUCGAAUAUUGUCAUCGACACAAAAUUGUUCACCGUGACUUAAAGCCCGAGAAUUUGCUACUCGACGAAAACCUCAACGUCAAAAUCGCCGAUUUCGGCCUAAGCAAUAUUAUGACCGACGGUAACUUUCUCAAGACCAGCUGUGGCAGUCCCAAUUAUGCUGCUCCUGAAGUCAUUGGUGGCAAGUUGUAUGCUGGUCCCGAAGUCGAUGUGUGGAGCUGCGGUGUUAUUCUUUAUGUUCUUUUGGUUGGUCGACUUCCCUUCGACGAUGAACACAUUCCCAGUUUGUUUGCCAAGAUUGCAAAGGGCACAUACAGCAUACCGCAAUGGAUGCCUACUGGCGCUGCAAACCUCAUCAAGAAGAUGCUGGUGGUGAACCCCGUGCAUCGUGCUACAAUUGAGGAUAUCCGAGCCGAUCCCUGGUUCACCACCGAUCUGCCCGCUUACCUUCAACUUCCCGUUGAAGAAUUCUUCAACACUGGUGUUGAUCCAAACAAAGCCAUUAGGAAGAACGACAUCGCGCCUAAUGCUUCAGAAAAGGUUCAAGAGAGAUUGCAUAAUGAGGUCACUGAAAAGAUCAGUAAGACUAUGGGUUAUGGUAAGAGUGAUGUAGAGGAGGCGCUGCAGGCUGCCGAACCGUCGGCAAUCAAGGACGCCUACAUGAUUGUAAGGGAAAACAAGAUGAUGCAAGUGAACCAUAAUCCUGAAGCCCUUCUAGCAGAGCCCGAGGGAUCAAGCCCCAUGCUAAGCAUGUCUUCUGCCCGCUCAACGACUUCUCAAGCUACCACCACCCCUCGCCCAUACGUUAGUAAGGUCGGUAUCUUGCCUUCAAGUUUACCAGCUUACCACAAGGACUAUAUGGAGCGGGAGAAGGCUGGUAGCGUCGAAAACUCACCACCUAAAGUGCUCAUCAACGAUGAACCCCCCAGCAACAGGACAGAUGCUGAAAAGGAAGAGACGGCGCGCCGUUUACGGCCCCAUUCGAGAAGCCAAUUGCGAAUGGACGAAGCCAACACAAGGCCUCAAGGGAUGACCCCUAUUAACCCCCCUAAAAAGAAUAAGCCAGUCCGUUGGCAGUUCGGCAUCCGAUCACGUAAUUCGCCAUGGGAAGCCCUUCUGUGCAUCCACAAGGCACUUCAUAAAUUGGGCGCGACAUACAUCCCUGAUGAAGAUUAUGAAACAAGAACUGCAGAGGAGCGAGCUGAAGCUUCUGGUGAAGGUAGCUUUGCGGAUUCCCACGAUAAUGACCGGGGCUCAAGUUCAAGUAUCGAUCCUAAGAAACGUUACAAUCUUCCCGCAGAUCCUUGGCACAUCAAUGUGCGCUGGGAUACUUCUGCCAUCAAGAAGAAGGCGGCCAGCGUUCCUGGCACUCCCAGCUCGCCGAGCACACCAGAGGGUCAACAUCACCCCAAAGAGCCUUUCGUUGCGCUACAUAUGGACAUACAAAUUUACGAAAUGGAACAUGGUGUGUACUUGGUCGACUUCAAGUGCUCUGGAUACGAGACAGCCCAUGGCCGACUGCUCGAGGAGAAAGAUGUCACCAGUCCCUUUCCCUUCCUGGACAUGGCCGCCAAAUUGAUCAUGCAACUGGCCGAGGCUGAUUGAGAAACGUCGUUUUGAAAGAGGUACUGACAUUCCAAACUGACAUCAAUGGGCACGAUACGUUUGGCUGCGAGCAUACUAGCUCUGCUUCUUACCCUGCCAGACGGUUAUAUGAAUACACACAUUCGAAUUCAUGAAAUAGCAAGUGAUCUACUGCCUGGGUUCCAGCAGAUUUGCAGUCAUUACUGUACCAAACGAAACGAAUCUAAUGGACAUGUUGGUGAUGUAACACCAUGGACAUCAGACGGCAACCAAGAGUAUGAGUCUCAUUGCUCGGCUUCUAAUUUUCCAUUCCAGCUUGAUAACGAGCGUGUUAUUGUUUUAACUUUCAUGUUUGGGCUACAUAGAUACAUUACGCUGAUACGAUUUUGGACCAACCAGUCCGCCAUCCCGCAUUCAAUGUUUUCUCUUCCUUUUCAUAGUUCCGGCUGAAUUGUUGGUCAGGCGCAGGAUGUCUAUGCUGCACAACAGGAUGUACUGUAGAUGAACCAAACACAAACAAACAUGUGUAAUGAUGUGCAUAUAGUUGCUUAUAAUCAUUGUGUAGAGCAUGAUCACGGUCUUGAAAACUUUUCAUGAUGUUUUGUUGCUUCAUAACUGGUAGUAUAUAUCAAGGCAGAUGCUUGCCGUAUGCAAAGUAAUAUAGCGAUUAAAAAUCGGAAAACAGUAGUGUGAUAUCAAAAUGCCCCAAAGACAAAGAACUUGGCGCUCUUCUUUUUUUGCGCCCCGACAACA